CGGUGCAUGCUAAGUAGGCAUUGCAGGUUCCAGCACCAGCUCCGGCGUCGUCAUCGGAUGGGCCUAUGAUGCCGGAUGAUUCACAGAAGUGUGUGAAUUCACUGCAAACGUCGCUUCUCAGUCGUAACAUCCACAUUCCACAGCCCAAUGCAACAUGCGACACAAUCGUUUGUUUCUACGGGAUUCGACUUCAUCAGAUCACCUCCUUGAGCUGUCCCGCUGUGUUUAAUUUCUUCGCACCACUAAAGGACGAUGGGAAGAAUGGGAUAGCAGCGGGAGAAAGUAGGAGCAACGACAACGACGGUGAUGAGAGAGCGAGGAAGAUGUUUAGCAGGGACUACCAACUCAUGGGGCUGUGGUGGCUGUUGGCGAGGAACAAAAUGGCGUACAUACCAACGGUGUCAGCGGUGCUGAGGGCUAUGAUGUACAGUGCGCACCCUCCACACCAGUCCAAGUGCGCCCCAUUUGCAGAGGGAGUCUCUUGA